CUGGCGUGUCAUCCAGGUCUGUUCCGUCUGUCGAAAGUCUCACAUUGCAAAUGGCGACUCAGUAUCUCGUGUGUUUUUACAGAUUUUGUUGCUCGCUCUCUAGUGAUCGCUAGGAAUGAUGUUUUCGCCUUCGAUAAAUUUCUUUGAAAAAUAAUAAGUAUUCAGAAUUGUCACAAAUAUGGAUUUGGGGCUAGGAAACACUCUUCUCGCUGGUGAUCCAAGACUGGUGGACCAUAUCGUUGGAGAAGUAAAAUCCCAAGGGAUUUUCGACCAGUUCCGAAAAGAAUGCAUCGCUGAUGUUGACACCAAACCGGCCUACCAGAACUUGAGAACAAGAGUGGAGAGUUCAGUAAAUUCAUUUUUGGGGAAGCAAGUAUGGAGAGCAGAUUUGAACAAGAAUCAAUUGAGGGAGACGCUGAGGAAGCACAUUCACGAUGCGCCAUAUUUGGAUGCCGGAGUGGAGAGGAUAGUGGACCAAGUUGUGAAUCCAAAGGUUUAUUCUGUGUUCAUGCCACAGAUCGAGGAGGUUGUAUACAAAUUCCUGGGCUUAGAGAGGCCGAGGGCAAGGGACAGAAACGGGAGUGGACUCAAGGAUUUAUUGCCAAAAGAUUUGGACCCGGUGUCACCGGAAUCUGACAAAAACAGUUUGAAGGAUGUAUCAUUGGAUUCUGUUGAUGCAGAGAUUGGAAACGGAGGAGACAGUGCAAAUUUUGUGGAAGAAAGUGAUUCGAAAAACACAAUAAGCGGUAAUGGAGUAUCGGAAGGUUCGGAGUCAUUGAACGAAGUGGCAAAGAUCUCUUCGGCGCUGGCAAGCUCUACCGUGAAUUUGGACAAUUCCGGGAGAUCAGAGGAUAAAACAGAAGAGGAAGAAGAAGAAAGCCCUGUUUUCGAGCCGAUUGACAUAAUGAAUCUCAACGAAUCCAACAUUUCCAACGACUCUCACCUCUCCGGAAUAUCUGAGUUGACGAGCCAUCGUUCUCGAAGUCCUGACUUUUCAAAUGAGACCUCGCGCGACAACAUGGACUUCAGUAACCAAGAUUCUCAGUUCAGUAAAGUCUCUUCUGACUCACGAUUGUCCAUCGUUACAGAUUUCGGCUCGUCGAAUCAUGCCUCGGGUCCUGAUACUCCUAAGGAAGAUAAGGAAAAAAACGAGGCGAAAUUCGGGAGAGACAAUUUCCGAGCUAUUCGAGAUUUUGACGGGACCAAAGUUAAGGAAAGUAGAGUCAGCUACGACGGAAAUUCGGGCAGAGAGGAAGCCAAAAGUGGUAAAAGAAGUUCGUCUUCUAAAGAAACAUCGCGCGACGGUACUGAAUCGUCGAAAGACGCCAGCGAAUCGAAAGAAAAACCUCGAGAAGAGAGCUCAAAAUCUAAGAAUGCGAAAGACUUUAAAAAAGCGGACAAAGAUCCAAAGAGAAAAUCAUCCGAUGGGAAAAGCGACAAGACUAGGAAGGUCAAAGAAAAGUCCGAAUCGUCCAAAGAUGCGGUGAAUAAAGAGUCAUUGACUAAACCCAGAGACGAUAAGGUUAAAGAUAACGAGAAAAAGGAGAGCAGCCUGGGAAAAGAAGUUAAAGACUUGAAGGAUAUUUACAAAGAAAAAAUUCGUGAGCUCCGGGAAAAAAAAGAAUUGACAGAGAAAGAAAAAUUAAGUAGGGAUACGAAGAGCAGUAAAGAGACGAAGGAGAAAAGAGAUUCGUCUCGUGAGGUUAAAAAGGACUCGAAGGAUUCCAAAGAUUCAAAAAGUGCCUCGUCCAAAGGUCACUCCAGUCGAUCCGAGUCGAAAUCCUCGAGAUCCGAGGGUAAAAGUUCGAAAAGCGAAUCCAGGUCCAGCAAACGUGACGACCGGAAAUCCUCGAAAGAAUCAAGGUCAAAGAGUCAAGGUGGAUCGGAUUCGAGCGAGAAAGUCGACGCAAGACGACCCUCGAAGUCAGAAAAAGACGAGAAGAGUGAAAAAUCCGAAAUUAAACAAGAUUCGAAGUCAAAAAGUAGUGGGAAAUCAUCGAAAAAUGAUUCGAAUAGAAACAGCGACGGUAAACGCGAUUCCAAAAGUGACCUCGAGGCGAGAGACAAAAAACGUAGAGAUGACAAGAAAUCAAAGAUCAAGGAUGACCAUUCGAGUGCGAGGAAGAGUUCGGACGAUCGACGAUCGACCGAUCGUGACGGAUCGAAUGGUUCGAAUGGCAGAACUUCGCAAAAAAAUAAUUCAACUCCGAGCGCGACUACGAAUAAAUCAGUAACUUCGAGUUUGUCCAAAGAAUCGACAACUACGAGCAAUUCGAGUAGUGAAACUUCGGACAGUAUCGAAGAGAGACAGAACGAAAAGUCGGUCAUUAACAUCGACACAAAAUUUUCAAAAGCACCCAAAAAUCAGGCAGACACUGGUGACCAUCGGGAUACUUCGGUUCAACGGUUAGACGUUGGGUCAGACGAGAUCCAUUUACCAAUGAAGAAGCGUUCCCACAACACUGAGAAUCAGGCCUCUGAAACUUUAAUGAAAAAACCUAAAUUCGCUAAAAAUUUUCAAGAAGCUAAGAGACUCAUGAAAAUAAGACGGAGAAUGGAGAGAGAAAAGUUGAAAAUACGAGUUGAAACGGAAGUCGAAAUAAAAAGUCAGGAGCCCCCGAGCCCAGUUCCCCAACCGCCGAAAAAAAUUGUCGAGGACGAUCUGAAACUUGUCCCUGAUGAGGAACGUGUACAAAUAAUCGAGGUUUGUGAUGAAGAAUAUGACGAACCGUAUCCGGAAGUUCAAAGCGAUUUCACUCUCGAAGAAAGGUCGCAAAUAAUUCUUGGCGGAGAAUCGAUUUUCACGAGCGAUUUUAUUGCUCAACGAUUUAACGCUAAAUCUACUUUGUCCGAGAUGGAAUUGUCCAUCAGACAAUCACUGAAAGAAAUGAUAUCUGACAAACUCGACGAACCGGAGGACACUAAAAUUUCACCGGAAACCGAAACCGGAAAAAACGUACAAGAACCCGUUGAGAAUUCGUCGAAUUUCAUCGACAUUGAAACAACGAUUUUCGGGAACUCAAGUCUUUGCUCCGAAAUCGCCGAAAAUGUCAAGGCUUCCAGCAAGAAUGGAUCGGAAAAUGAAAAGAAUAAAAAAUCUCUGAUUAAUGAAAACGCUAUCAGUGCAUCUGAGAAAGAUGAACUUCCCAAAGACUUUGAAACGGGAGAAACCAUCGAAACAACUGCGAAUCUCAAAGCUCGUGAAGAUGAGCACAAGGCCGAUGACAACGUCGAAGAAAUGUGCGAGUUUAAAGAAAUCGUUAAAGAAAUGGCAAAAAUGGAGGGCAAUUCCGAUAUCGGAGAAUUUUCAGGAGCCGAAGUACCAAAACUCGAGCCAAAAGACGAAACAACGGAAAAUAGCGAAAUUAUUUGUGUAAACGAUGAAAAAGUCAAAAAUUCAGAAAAUAAUUCUAUAGAGAUUGCUACUGUUGAGAACGAGAUCAAAAUCGACGAACAAAUCAGUACGAAUGAAACAUUCAGUGAAAAAUCGGAGAAAAGUGAAAAUUCAGAGCAAGAAAUCAAUACGUACAAAAAUGUAGAAAAGGGUAGCAAAAGUAUAGAACCCACCGAAUCCGAAACUGAGUGUCGCGAGUAUUCUGAAGGGCAAACUGAAAUUACGAAAACUUUGGAAAAAGACUCCACAACCUCGGCGAAUUCUGAGGAUGAAACAAAAAAAUCAGACAUUUCAAAACACGAAGUAAAAAUCACUGAAGACGAUGAAAAAAUGUUUGAGAAAAAAGGAAAUGCGGAGGAAACUUUACAGCAAACGGUGAAUGCGCAAAAAGAACCGGAAGUCGAAGGAAUUGUUGUACAACCGGAAGCAGAGGAAGCCACAGCGGAAAAAUGGCCUCAACCCAACGGAGGUGAAACGUGCAAUAACCAAGAAGACGAAAGUUCGUUGAACAUUGUAAAGGAGGAAGAAAAGUCGUUGUGCAUGAGUGACGACGAGGCACCGUGUUUGUACUUUGUCGAGGACACCGAAAAAUUGACCAAAUUUAGAAAAUUUUUGAAAUCAUUGGAACACGAAGAAAGCUUAGGGGAAGAUUACGUUUCGGAAACAUCUAGUAAUGAAACAGUCUGUACAAUAUCGAAAACAAUGGCGCCGCCCAAACCAAAACGUAAAUACUCUACGAGUCCGUUGACUGAUAUACUCCUGAACAAUGCGAACAACAACAACGACGCUCAUAAAACAAUAGAGUCCACUUCGGACUCCGAGGACACCAGUAAUAAUAUGAAAAAACGAAAAAUCGGUCGACCGAAGAAACAAAAAAUCAACGCUAAUUUGUGCACGCAACAAAAUCUUUCGAACGGUGAAAAUUUCGUCAUGCCACUCAGCCCGGAGAGCGAUGUGUCGGCGACCAGCGAAAAAACACCUUCGAAUCCGCUCAAAGACGAAAAAAAUCGACCGAGAGGCAGCAACCAGCGCUACACGAGUGACGAUCUGUACAAACCACGUCCCUUAUUCUCCAGUUCUUCGCGUCGAAGUAGAAGAUCGAAUCAAGCAUAGCUAACGGCACGCACAUAUAGAUUCUGACGGGACAUACGAUUCAUUCGUGGAGACUAUGAACUGCAGAAACUUCAUUAUUCUUACACUGUUUUCUUUUACGUUCUCAUUGUUCUCUGUUUCCUGUGGAUUUUAACGAUGAUCCACAAAGUGCCCCUAACAUCCGUUACAUUUCCGACGUUAAAUGUCAACUCAAAAAAUAUAUAUAAAUUGUAUGUAUGCUCUUAUUAAUAUUUUUUUAUACCGAACACACAUUGGCGCGAAAUAGUUAUGUAUAUAUGUAGUAAACUUAUGAAUUCGACUGAUGUAAUGAAUAUUAGAAUUUUUUAUAGACACUUA